AUGGGCGAGUCCAACCUCGAGGUUGCUCCAUGUGAAAUACUCUGUUUGAAUCCGGGAUAUAAGACACCUGAGAACUACAAACCAGUACUUAGGGAGACAAAAAUCCAUGUUCCGCAAUCAACUUACAGAGCAGAUGCUCUCUUAUUGACAACUCUCAUAAGAGUCGAUAAGGUUCCGCAUGUGCAGCAGGCCUUCACCUGGGACUACGGCCUCGCUUGCGUGCUCAUGGUGCUCAGGACGCUAGGGAUUGAUUGCUGCGACGACAUUGCCGAUCUCGAGAGGCUUUGCCGCACCACGAGCAUUUGGACGGUUGACUUAGCAUAUCUGUUAAACAAGUUUUCAGUCAACUUUUCUUUCUGUACCGUGACCCUUGGAGCAAAUCCACAAUAUUCUGCUGGAUCCUUUUAUAGGGAGCAAUUGCAAGAAGACAUCGAUCGAGUGGACGAGCUAUUUGGGAAGGCGCUCGAUGCUGGAAUUAGUAUUCAAUGCAGGUCCAUCACCGCAUACGACAUUGCUUUUCUACUGUUAUCCGGGCACUGCAUUGCUAUUGCUUUAGUGGACAAAUCGAAGCUAAAUUUGCCUUGCAUGAGUGAUCAUGAUGUACAACAGCACAACGAUGAGCCUGACUACAUGGGACACUAUGUCAUAAUAUGUGGGUAUGAUGUUGAUGAUUGUGAAUUUGAGAUAAGAGAUCCUGCCAGGAAGUACGUCCUUGGCAUCCAGGACACCAUCACAACCCUGGAAAUGGGCGCGGUAGAGAUCCUGAUCGUGUGGGAAAACCUUGAUGUCAGGCGUUAUGAGCUCAAGAACAGUGUCACAGGAGAGACAGUCGUGAAGUACCUGAACCCAGCUCAGGAGGUUGACCAGAGCAACUUCACUGACGAGGCGACAUUCGGAGAUCUGGAGGUCAUUGACAACACGCAGCUGCUGGAGUGGUUCGUGGAGAACUACCACCAGUUCGACUGCACGCUGGAGUUCGUCACCAACAAGUCACAGGAAGGUUCACAGUUCUGUCGGGGAUUCGGUGGGAUUGGUGGGAUCCUUCGCUACCCAGCCGACGUCAGUGCCUACUAG